UUCCCUCUCCCCAUCAAAAAUUUUCAGUGGUAUACAUAAAUCUCGAGGGAAAAUCCGGUAUUUUAAUCUUUAUAGGUCGAGCAGUUGCAGAGAUUAGCAUCAGUGAUCGCAAUUUUGGAAGAUGAAGAAAUCGAAGUUUUUGCAGAAUUCAAAGGACAUGCUUUCCAGGAGCUUUAAUCCAACAAAAUGCAAGAUUUCGUUGAAAUUGGCGGCUUCGAGGUUGAAGCUCCUGAGAAACAAGAAAGAGGUGCAAGUGAAACAGAUGAAGAGGGAAAUAGCACAGCUGCUCGAGACUGGGCAGGAUCAGACGGCUAAAAUUCGAGUUGAACAUGUGAUUAGGGAAGAGAAGAUGAUGGGUGCAUAUGAUCUUCUUGAGAUUUAUUGUGAACUUAUUGUUGCACGUCUGCCAAUUAUUGAGACACAAAAGAAUUGCCCCAUUGAUAUGAAGGAAGCAAUAGCAAGUAUGGUUUUUGCAUCUCCAAGAUGUGGGGAUGUACCUGAACUUUUAGAUGUAAGGAAGCAAUUUUCAGCAAAAUAUGGAAAAGAGUUCAUUACUUCUGCCAUAGAGCUCCGUCCGCAGUGUGGUGUUAGCCGUCUGUUGGUGGAGAAGUUAUCUGCUAUAGCUCCUGAUGGACAGGCUAAAAUCAAAGUUCUAAGUGCUCUAGCAGAGGAACACAAUGUUAAAUGGGAUCCUGAUUUAUUUGAAGAGAAACGUUCGGGCGGGACAAGUUCCAUCAAGAAUGAGACUGUGUAUUCUGAUUCUCCUCGUUUCGAAGAUGCAGAAGUCCAUGCUCACCCAAGCAGCAGCAUGAAUAGUUCGCCACUGAACUCUGUUCAACAGCAUGCUAAAACACCUGGAGCAGAAAACCCACCUUCUGCACAUACUUCUAGUGCCAGCACCAAAAUUGAACCCAAAGCUGGGCCUGCAGGUGAGGAUAUUCCACAAUUUUAUCAAGGAGAUACCCAUAGUAGCCAUCUCAACGACCAAAGGUGGAAUAUGGAGUUCAAGGAUGCUGCAUCUGCGGCACGGGCUGCUGCCGAGUCAGCAGAACGAGCAAGCAUGGCUGCUCGAGCUGCUGCUGAACUUUCAAUUCAUGGUAGGAUUUUGGGGCAGUAUUCUACUGAAUCACAUAAAUCAGAUGAUUAUAAUUCAAAAGGUGAUGGGCUUGAAGUUCCCCCCAACUUGAAUUCAUUUGAAAGAGUUUCUGAAGCAUCAGCGAACAAAUCGUCUUCAGAAUAUACUAAGUCAGGGAAUGAGCACAUAGAUGGAAUUGAAUCUAGCAAUCCAAUGACAGAUACAAGAUCUGAAGCAGUUUCUUUCAAGUCGAAAGCGUCAGCUGAUGAUGAAUAUUUAGAUCAUGGUAUUCCAUCGAUACAUGAGUACACUCGAGAAAAUUCAUCACAUGAGGUACAAUCAGAAAUGUAUGAGGCUGAAAAUGAAAAUGGCCACCCAGAGGAAGUUGAGAAUCUUGGAGAAGAAAUGAUUGGUAAACAGGAAGGUUUUAGCUCUUCUUACUCUCGGUCUGGUACUUCUGAUUACGCCAAUAUGUUUGCAAAUUAUGAGGAACAGAAAUUUGAAACUGAUAUUGGUGAAGAUCCUUCUGUGAGUAUUGGUGAGACCGGCACUCAUGACGAAACCCCCGACACAAGCUCUCAUGACUUUGUUGCUGCUACUUUUGAUCAAUCUGAUGCUGAGAGUGAUGAUCCUGGGUUUGAUAGGGGACCUGUAUACGACGAGCAGGAUUUAGAAUUUCAUAUGCAAAAAUCUCCUGAGCGAACAUCAGUAAACAUAGAUCCUUGGGAUCUUAGAUCUGGCUCGAACAAUAGAGUAGAGUCUGCUUCUCCAUCAUUAUAUUUUACAAGAGAAAGUCCAUUCCAUGAUAUUUCCAGAAACACUUCACUGAAAGAGGAUUCUGAGCUGGAUCGUACGCCAGCGGUGAGAUUUGAUGAUUCUGAUGGGCCAUCCUCAGAAAGUGACGAGGAGAUAAACGCUAGUAUGGUAGAAGAUUCUAGAGACAUUUCACACGAACAAAAUGAAAGAGGUCGAUUAGUUAAUUCACAGUUUGAGAAAGAAACCGUACAGUCAGUUGUAUCUCCCUCUAAGAAUGAAGGAGCUUUAGCAUUUGGUAGUGGAAAGUUUUCCUUUUCUUCAGAUGAUGAAUUCAGUGCCUCCGACAAAACACAGUGGAAAAGAAGCCAAGUUAACAUGUUUGACGCAGAUAUGAAGCCAUCUUCUAAACUGCCAGCAUCGGGAUCUAAUGACUCUUUUAUAAACUCAAACAAUGUUGGUGAUGAAUCUGAUCCUGAGAAUGGAGAGGGGCUGAAUUUCGGAAAAUUGACUGGUGGGCUUCGCCAUAAGGGUCACAGCCAUCUGCCUUUUUUUAAGAGCCGAUUGGAUGAAUCAUCUUCUGUCAAGGAGGAGGGAGAGACUACUGCCACAAAUACAAGUUCCACUGGUCCCUCUUUUGUCGAGCAUCAUGGUAUUGGCACAACGCAAGAACACAAGACAGCCUCAACAACUCAAAAUCUGCAUUCUGAAUUAGAUAGUGACAGUUCUGAAGAAGAAUAUUUACAAAAGAGUUCCCGUCCUCAACAGCCUCGUAGUGCUGCCAAACUUAGAACAAAGUUGCUACUAGGAUCUUCAGAUUCAGCUUUUUGCUCUGAUGACAGCGACUUGGAUGAGCAGCCUCCAACAGAGCCUGUUCCCAAGAAAAGUCCUCUGCGGAGUGGGAUCUCUCGAAGAACAAAAGCUUCUACUUCUAUUUCAAAGAAAACUUCUAAUCAGCAGAUGCAUCCGAGAUCUGAAGCACUUGAUUCUGAUGGCGUGGAUAGAAAACCUACAACAUCCUACGACACUGGGGCUCCAAAAAGACACGAGUCCUACAGGAGGAACACGGAUACAGAGAAAACGUACGAGCAACCUAGCUCUGGAGUGGCUCCUGUGCCUGCUAAAUCAACUACUUGGGGAUCUACAGAGCAGCCCGCCUCUUCAAAAACUUCUGUAAUGAAGCAGGAGUCUGUAGAACGACCUAAGCCUGAAGUCCGUGAUUCUGACAAUAGCCUGGGAAAACAACCUUCAAGCUCCUAUGCCUUUGAUAAACAACAAGAGUUUCAGCCCUCAAGUGGGAAGUCUAGUCGUGUGGGAAAAUCCGAGCAGCAAAUACCAGCAGAAGCAGCUGCUAAGCCUGCAAAUUCAAGUUCGUGGGGAACUGCAGAGAAACCAAACUCGGGGAAAUCAACUUCUAACACAGUGCAAAAGUCUAAGAUCUCCCAGAGUUCAUCUGCUGUAGAACCCCUACGGAAGGCAGACACAGAGGCAGGCUUAUCUUCUAGCAGUGAAAAUCCGAAGGCAUCAACUCUGGACAAGCAUUCGUUAAGUAAAGACGAUAGUCUCAAAAAAGCUAGCCAUGUUCAUCCAAAGCUUCCAGAUUAUGAUGCACUUGUACAGUCCCUGAGAAUUAAUCGAUCCUGAAUGUUGUCGUAUUGCACGACUCAGUUGCUGUUCUUCAUACACACGGUCACGGAGCUGUUUCCUGCUUGAGAUCUAGCAGUUGGUGAUAUUUUUUAUGUUUAUAGUGAUGGCUGCAGAGCCAAUAUGAUUAUUUAGACUAUUGAAUUUAUUGUAAAGUUAUAAUAAUCGGCAUAUAGCGUUUAUUGACCUUACAGCUUCAUUUUGUUUCCAGCAGUGGAUAUGACUAUCAGAAUCGGUUUAUAUUA